CCUCCGCGGCGCAGGCAAUUUGUAGCUAAAUGGCGGGUCCUUGGUCUCAGGCUUGUUGCAAAACAUGCUCCUCUACUAGCUGUGCGUGUGGCGACAAGGGCAAGUGGAGUAACUCCUCGCUCUUAGGCAAGCGGCUCUCAGAAGACUCGAGCCGCCACCAGCUGCUGCAGAAGUGGGCGAGCAUGUGGAGCUGCGUGAGCGGGGACGCGUCGGUGGCCAGCACGGAAAGGACGCGGCGCGAGGAGACUGCGGAGCCGGCGGAGGAGGAGGACAGGCCGCUGGUGUUUCUGUGCUCUGGUUGCCGGCGGCCGCUGGGCGACUCGCUGAGCUGGGUGACGAGCCAGGAAGACACCAACUGCAUCCUGCUGCGCUGUGUUUCCUGUAAUGUUUCUGUGGAUAAGGAACAGAUACUAUCCAAACGUAAAAAUGAAAAUGGUUGCAUCCUGGAGGCUUUGUACUGCGCAGGAUGUUCACUCAACCUCGGCUACAUAUACAGGUGCACACCCAAGAAUCUAGACUACAAGAGGGACUUGUUCUGUCUCAGUGUCGAAGCCAUUGAAAGUUAUGUUUUAGGGUCCUCUGAAAAGCAAAUUGUGUCAGAAGAUAAAGAGCUUUUUAAUCUUGAAAGCCGAGUUGAAAUAGAAAAAUCUCUGAAGCAGAUGGAAGAUGUUUUGACAGCAUUGCAAACAAAGCUUUGGGAGGUUGAAUCAAAAUUGCCCUUUACCAGCUGCAAGAGCUGAAAUCUGUUCCAAGUCUCCCGUUCUGGAGUCCUUCGCUGAUGGACAGUUGUUUCAUAUGUAGCAAUUCUUGUUAUAACUUACUUCACUUAGAACUGAAAGAAUUCAAAAUGGUCAUGUACUUUACAUUCUCUUGAACUGGUCAACUGAUCAAAUGAGAAGAAUUGUAGAAUUACUUUUCCAGCUGUAUUUGAUGGUAAAAAGAUGAUUGUUUCCUAAAUUCCAAUUUUAAAGUCGUGAUACUUCCUGGAAGUGAAAUUUAGGAGUUUCUAUUUUGAUAAACCGCCAUAAUUUUCUGAACGGUUUUCUCCUCAGUACCAAAUUCGUUAUUCUUUAUUUCUUAUUUUUUUAAAACUUUAUUUCACCUUUAAUACUUCGAACAAUAUUUAAUAUUGAGUGGUAAGAAAAUCUUAGAAGUUUUCCCACCCACUGUGUGGUUGAAUCUCCUCUGAAAACUAAUGCGUACAGCUCUGUGGAGAAACUGGUCAGUUGAGUUAUUUGUCAGAACUAGUCAAAACCUUGCACGAGAGCAGAAUAGCGUGUAUUCUAGUGGCGGUAGAAUUCCACUUGACCCUGUUUAUUUACUACUGUAUGCCAAAAAAACCUGGCAGAAUAUUUACCAAAAAGAGUAGUAAUCAUUUCUGAGGGUGGGGUUCUGGGGAAGUUUUCAGUUUUCCAGUUUUCUAUAAUGUAAGACGUAGAGUAAGCACAUGUUGUUUUUAUAAUGAGGGAGAAAAUAAAGAUUAAAACAAAGUG